CAUUGUAUUACGGAGGUAGUCUAAAACUGAAACAGGAAAAUAAUUUGAGGUGUGUAUGGUGAGGAACGGUUUGCUUGCCAGUUCCAGGAGCCAAACGUUUUUAUAUCUUUUUAAAAUUAUUUUAUUUUUAUCGUGAAGCGGAGACCAAUAUACCAUGUCAGCGGUGAAUGACAAGAACACUGGUGCACAAAAUGACUGUGUGGAUGCCAAGCAGGAUUUUGGCCAAGUAGGACCAAGGACCUCUACACGUGUAGAGCCACUGCAGAAAGAUGACAGGUCUCAUUCUGAGCAUUACAGAUACCGUAUGGACUACCCCAGCAUUGGCCAGUGCAUCAUCAUUAACAUUAAGAACUUUGAACCACAGACAGGCAUGAAACCCCGCAGUGGUACAGACACAGAUGCAGCGAACAUAUUGAAAACAUUUCGGAAUCUGGGUUAUAAAACAAAGGUUUUGAAUGACCUGACAGUGGCACGAAUUAUGGAGGUAUUGCGAUCAGCCUCUCAGGAAGACCACAGCACGUCAGCCUCCUUCGUGUGUGUUCUGCUGAGCCAUGGGGAUGAGGGAGUGUUAUACGGUACUGACGGCCCUGUGGAGCUCAACAGACUGACCAGUUUCUUCAAAGGGGACUGCUGUGCCACACUGGUGGGCAAGCCCAAACUCUUCUUCAUCCAGGCGUGUCGUGGGUCAGACAUGGACGAUGGUGUGGAGACAGACAGUGUAGAAGACAAGUCUCCCAAGAGGAUCCCUGUGGAGGCAGACUUCCUGUAUGCCUACUCCACAGCUCCAGGUUACUACUCCUGGAGGAAUACCAUUAAUGGCUCCUGGUUCAUCCAGGCCCUGUGUCAUAUGUUGGAUAAGUAUGGGAAAGAGCUGGAGGUCAUGCAGAUUAUGACUCGUGUCAAUAACAAGGUGGCACUAGAGUUUGAGUCAUCCACCGACAGCCCCUGGAGUGAUGGCAGGAAGCAGAUACCCUGCAUUGUCUCUAUGCUAACAAAAGAGUUAUACUUUUCAUGCUAAUGGAUUUUUUUAACAGAGGCAGUUGCAGUGUGUCUUCAUGAUGUGUUGUGGGGCCGUUCUUAUGAAUAAACAUUUUUUAAUGAAUGCAUUUUAAUAAUGUGCUUGGUGAGAUCUGUGGUUCUCUGUAAGAAACUUUACACAGUGCUGAAAUAUACACUCCAAAGUGCAAAGUUUUACGGAGGUAAUGAUUCACUUUGGAUGUAAGCUUUAUUAUUGUAGAGAUUCAAUGAUGGAUGGCAAGAACAGAAUGAGAAUGCUAAAGAGAACAACCUAUGAAAAAGUCUAUUUUAUGUAUGUACCCCCUCAUACCAACAGCCUUGUUUUUA